CAUACCAUCUCAAGGCACAAGCCCUUAUUGGAUUAACAUUUGUGUAAGCAGUUUGUGUAGUGGCUUGGAGCUGCCACAUUCACUAGAAGGAGGAAGCAGGCAAACAGACUGUUUUCAAGAUAGAGACACAAGCACACAGUCCCUCUUCCUCAGCAUGAAGAUGUUUAAAGUUGUUUCCUUUGUCUUUUUGUUGGUUUAUACCACCCCCAGCAUUGAAUGGCCUACGCACCUCCUCUGCAAGACUGAUCGGCUGGAGGUAAACUACAGAAGCUGUGAUCCACUGCAAGAUUUGGCUUUUAGCAUUGACACCUGCUCCAGUGUAGUGCCUGAAACUCUUAACAUCAGAAUAGCAACCAUUUUAAGGUACAGCAUCAGGAAACUGUCUGUGGAAGUAACUCUUGGCAUGAAUGGGGCGAGCAUUCCGUUUUACUCCAAGGAACUUUGCGAAGAGGAUCACCCACAGUUUCUUUACUGUGGAAAGAAGAAAGGAGAACUAAUCUACUAUGAAGGGCCUGUCUCGCUGGGAUUCCAUGAGCUCCCUCAGGGAGACCUUGAUGUAAAGGUGGAGCUUUUAAAUCAAGACCAUCACACUAUUAUUUGUGCUAAUUUCACUGUUAAGAGUCACUGAAAGGGUGCUGCUAUUUUUAAUGCAGUCAUUAAGAGACACGACUAAAGGCACCAUGAACUAGAGAAGGGAUUUGUUUUACUUUUGGAAACCCUACUGUCUGCAGUCUGACAGAUGUGGCAUAGCAAAAUAAUGUAACACACAGGUUUAGUUGCAAUUGCUGUUUACAUAUUGUUGACCUAAAGAAAGUACAAAAUACCUGUACGCCAAUUUGUCCCAGCAAGGUUCAAUGCAAUAUAUUCUGCUUUCCUUCCUAUAACACUCUGCUUACUUUCAUUACAUGUAUUGUUUAAACUCAAGAGUAUGAAUCAAAGAAUAAGUACAUUGAGGUUCUCUCAGUUACGAAUUCUUCCAGUCUGAAAUUCAGUUCCCCACAUUUCUGCAGCUUUUUGCAAAAUCCUUUUUUAAAAAAAAUCUUCAUGAAAAUUCU